AUGACCUUGGGCCAUAGGCAAGAAGGGCUCAGGGCAGGUAAGGGUACAGAUGAGAUAGGAGAUGGGAGUGGGCCUCCCUGCCUUGUAAACCUGCUUGUUUUUAUUUUUAUUUUUCGGUUGGUUUGCAGUCCGCGGUGGCUUAAAUCUCGGUACAGCCGUUGUGAAGAUGUCCUUGGAUCCCCUGGGUGUCAGGUUGCCAAGCUUCACGUCCAUAACCACAGAGAAAACCUAGAGGGCUUUGUGAAGACUUCUGUCAAGUUCCCGCCCCGUGCUGGCACUCACGGUGUUUUUGCUGUGAAUUGUGAGGUGUGCUAUACAGCCAAAGGUUUGGAACUUACUCGAGUGACAGUGGUUGACCCCAGCCUCCAGGUGGUCUGUGAUACAUUCGUGAAACCAGAUGAAGAAGUCAUUGACUAUAACACUAGGUUUUCUGGAGUGGGGGAAGGUGCCUUGAACGCUAAAACAUCAAUCCGUGAUGUGCAAGCCGUCUUGUUGAACCUGUUCAGUGCCGACCCUGUACUAAUUGGACAUAGCUUUGAACACAGUCUGUAUGCUCUUAAGUUAAUUCAUACGUCAGUCAUGGACACCACAGUUCUGUUUCCUCAUCGGCUGGGCUUGCCUCACAAGAGAUCCCUUAAGAGUCUAGUGGCUGACUACCUGCAGAGAAUCAUUCAGGAGGAUGGUCACGAUUCCAGUGAAAAUGCAACCGCCUGCAUGGAACUGGUCCUCCGGAAGGUCAAGGAAGACCUGAAAGGGAAGAAGUAAUCACUUUGCCCAAGAAUAUCUUAAACCUCUGCACUGUGGCCUCAGGGACU